GGGCGACAUGGGCCCAAACGCAUCAUCACCACCCGCCCUCCCCGCACGACACGCUCACACAUAAUGCGGAGAGCCCUCACAACUGCGGCGGCGGCGGCGACGACGAGGACGACCACCCGCACCACCACCAUCUUCUCCCCCGCCUCACAGCCCACCGCCACCACCACCAUCCCUCACAGACCCAGGUUACCGGCAGCACCACAACACCCCUUCUUCCCAGCCGCGCGAGUCGCCAUGUCCUCCUCCUCCCCCUCCACCACCACCACAACACCGGCGCCAUCCGCGCGCGACGACCGCGGCGCCGUCCUCAAGCGGCCCGUCCGCAUCGCCUGCGUGCAGCUGUCGAGCGGGCCCGACAAGGCGGCCAACCUGUCGCGCGCGCGGGCGCGCGUGCUCUCGGCGGCGCGCGACGGCGGCGCCCACGUCGUCGUGCUGCCCGAGUGCUUCAACUCGCCCUACGGCACCGCGCACUUCCCCGCCUACGCCGAGCGGCUCCUCCCGUCCCCUCCCCCCGCCGACGUCUCCCCCAGCUACCACGCGCUGGCGGCCGCCGCGCGCGACGCGGGCGUCUACCUCGUCGCCGGCUCCAUCCCCGAGCUUGCGCUGGAGCGUGACGACGACGACAAGGGCGGCGGAGAGGUCAAAAGGUACUACAACACGGCCCUCGUCUUCUCCCCCGCGGGCGACCUGCUCGCGACGCACCGCAAGGUGCACCUCUUCGACAUCAACAUACCCGGCAAGAUCACCUUCCGCGAGUCCGACGUGCUCUCCCCGGGGUCCGGCGUCACCCUCGUCGACCUGCCGCCUUACGGCCGCGUCGGCGUCGCCAUCUGCUACGACGUGCGCUUCCCGGAGCUCGCGGCCGUCGCGAGCCGGCGCGGCGCCUUUGCGCUCGUGUACCCGGGCGCCUUCAACCUGACGACGGGCCCGCUGCACUGGGAGCUGCUCGCGCGCGCGCGCGCCGUCGACAACCAGCUCUACGUGGCCCUGUGCAGCCCCGCCCGCGACCUGGCCGAGGGCGCGUACCACGCCUACGGCCACAGCCUGGUCGCGGGCCCCAUGGCCGACGUGCUGGUCGAGGCCGGCGAGGGCGAGGAGACGGUGUACGCGGACCUGAGGCCCGAGGACAUUGAGAGCGCCCGGAGCGGCAUCCCGCUUCGCACGCAGCGCCGCUUCGACGUCUACCCGGACGUUAGCCAGGGCCGUGUAAAGUUUACGGAUCCGGGGGCAGAUGGGAGAUAGAGAUGGGGGGCCGUGGCGGGCCAUGACUGAGACGAGACGAGACUGCGGUACCGGUAGAACUGUAUUGCCCUGCGGGAAUCCGAACGACUAUUCGUAGCCCUACGCAAAACCCUGCAACCCGUUUUUUUUCUAUAGACGUACUGUUGUCCCUCUUUCUUCUUCAAUCAAGAACCCAGUUUCACUUUGAUUCCCGCCGGGGUGCCAGCCGAGAGCAUAAAGCGUAGAAAGGAGGACGAUGAGUGGGACCCGGGCCACACCUUCCUUGACAUUUGAAUAGGGAACACAAGAUAGGUGAGCUCUUGAAAUAUACAGAGGAAUGAAGACGAAACAUGAUGAA